GAUCGCGUGCCUCGAACUCGAAGCUCUGGGUGCGGCGCUCCCUUUCCUCCCCGCCCACCCGCCUAUUGUCACGUGCCACGGAGCCAAGGCUCGAGCGCCAUCUCAAGGAAGGGAGAGACUGUGGGGCGCGCACGCGCGGGAGGGAGAGCGGCGGUUGCGGCGGCCGUCGUGAGUUGGGCGGAGCGAAACGAGGCGCCCGGGGACGCGCCCCUCUCUCGGAUUGGGUUCCUCAUAUAUGGGAUGGAGAUGAAUCUCCGUGAACAAGAAGGUGUUCAGAUUUACCAAGGGCAAUAGUGUGAUGAACAGGAGGGCAUGGAGGGCAAAACAGGACUGUGGAGUGGAGAAGAGAAUUCAAGUGAAGACUUAGUAUUUCUUCUCAGUAGUGGUGCUGAAAACAGGAAUGCAUCUGAAACACAACAGGACUCAAAUUCUGGCAAAGAUGCAAUAUGCAACGAAACAAAGUUUUUAAAAGAGACUAUUGUGAUUGACAAAGCUUCAGAAAUUGUUAAUAUUGAUAAUGAGGAAAGCAGAGUUGUUUUAAGUGAAAAAUAUCUUCUGAACCUGGCAGAUCUUGAGGAUGUUUUAGAGAAAAAUGAUAUUAAAGAACAAAACGAUACCCUAAAAUUUCUAGGGGUGAAGACACUGGGGGAAACAGAGAAAAUUCAUAGUAAAGAUUACUCAGAGGCUCAGACUGCAGACAAAGUAGCCGUAUUACAGAAAGUAGGAUUAGGUGUUAUGCAAGUUGCCGAAACGGUUGGUUUUUACAAGACUGAAGCUCAAAUGAAAGAUGGUAUUAUUCACACUGGCUUUUCGGGACAACUGUUGGAUUCCUGGAAGAAGGACGUUCACUUAAUGUCUUCAGGCGUUUCUGAGACAAAAGAUGACCAGGAAGACUUCUUCAGUGUCCAGAGCUUGUCGCGACAGACAAAGUGGUCUGCACCUAAAGCAGUGGAAAUAACACCUAGCAAAGGCCAUAUUUCAGAAAAUGGACAACACAAACAGUUACUGUUUGCUGUGGAUGAUAUCCAGAAGGAGGAGGUCUGCAUAGAUUCUGAAGAGGAUUUCUCAUGUGGUCUUGAUAGCAGAAAAGAAGAAACAGAUCAAGCAAAUUGUAAGGAAGUGACUGGCUUGGCCUUUGAAAGUUCAUCAACUAACACAAUAAAAUCUUGCUUUGUGCCUUUGAAGAAUAUUUGCUGUAAAAUGAAAGAAAAGAAUGAAUAUUUAGUACAUCCAAAUGCAAAGGAAUUGCCACAGAGAAAACUAAGCAAAAGUGAUGUGCUUAAAAAACUGCGUGCAGUCCUGCAUGACUUGUUGGAGAAAAAGUGCAUUAAAAAGCUAGAGAAACCUCUCCAAAUACAAGACACUGAGGCUUUGUUGGAAAACGCAACAGAGAACAAGGUGGAAAGCAACUUGGAAGUGAACAUCUCUACCCAAAUACAAAGUUCUGGAGAGCCAGACAGUGGAGAAACACAUCCUGAUCACGACAUGAAAACAGAAAGUAACGCCAGCUCUCCAGAUAUCACCACGUUUUGUGAUAUAGGCAUUUUUGAAAAGUUUUCUUUUAUGGCAUCAAGCCCUGAAAACUCGAUCAUGGAUCCUAAUCAUUCACAAGGGGAUGAAAAAGGAGCACAGAAUUUACAACUGGAUUCUGUUCUGAUUUCUGAGACACAGAAGCUAAAGACUAGAGCUUUUGAAUUUACUGAAAAUUUUGUGAAGUACAAGAAUGGAUUGGUUAAUCAGGUAGAGAAGAAAGAAGCAUCUCACACAAUAGAUGACCAUUCAGAUCUGGAAACAUUUGUGUCUAGAUUUUCUGGAGAAGCCACUCACACAAUAGAUAACCAUUCAGAUCUGGAAACAUUUGUGUCUAGAUUUUCCGGAGAAGCAGCUACUGAUAAUACUAGUCAGCCCCACCAAAUAAAUUCAGUACCUAUAUCUUGUGAAGAUAUUCUGCAGUCUAACAUCAUUAAUUCCACGUGUUCAUCUGCAGCUUUGCGUAGUGAAACCAAACUAUCCCAAGUGUCCCUCAAAGGAACGGGUGCUUUCCCUUUAUUUGAUGAAACAAGUAAAGAAAGAAAUGUACGUCAAGCAACCUGUGAGUUAGAGUCUUGCUUUGUUUCAUCACUUUCAGGGGAUGAUCUCAAGUUAGGUUUGAAUGAUACAGUUCGUAACAAAACCAAAAUUAAGAUGCCCCUAGAGGGAAAUAUGACUCCAUGUUCUGUAAAUGCAUCAGCUGAAGAAGUCAUUAAAGAACAGGAAACUCCAAACCAAAGAAGUCCUAUAUUCACAAACAAAAAUGACAAUAAUUGCUGGUUUCUGCUGAAAAUUGACCAAGUCAUAGAGGUGGAAGAUCGUGCAUGUGUCAGAGAUGAAGAAAACCUACCUAGAGAGCUAGAGUCUGGUGAUGCCCUUUCAGAUCAUGUUAUUGAUCUUUCACAACCAGGGAGUGAGUCAGAACAUCUGUCAGUCACAGGUGAUGUUACAACUAUCAAGCACAGUGAGGUCAGAAAAGGGACAGUUUUAAGUGAGACCUGUGAUGGAGAAAUCAACAAUGCAGAAGAAAAUAUGAGUCCUCAUCCAGCGAAAGAAAAUCGUUCUGUGGAGGAGGAAGAAAGCCUGCAGCCAGGUCAGUUUCAUGGUGUGCAGAUUGUCUUUUACGAGUUGUCUGGGCCAGUAGUCAAGCUCCUUGGAACUCCCCAUCAUAGUUACAACAUGCGAAGUUUGGGGAAGCUUGCGGAGCUGAAGGUUUCUUCAGAUGAUGAGUUCCUGAAGCAUAAGGAAGGUCACUGCAACUAUGCUGGUCUGUUCCUAAAUAGUGUAGAGGAAGGGAAGCCACAUUCAGCAGAUGUGGCUCAGUGCAAGCCUUUAAGUUCAGAUGAUAGCAUGGCAAAGAAGAAGACGUGUCAGAGACCUAACAAGACACCGGUUCUGGUUCACUCUUCUCAGCUCUCUCAGGAACAGAGUCGUAUUAAGGUUGUGGAUGCCUUGAAGGAGGUUCUCCAGAAAAGGCUAGAUGAUUCUCCUGACUUGAAUGUGCAGAAGAAUACUGUAUCAAGAAUAGCCUUAAAGGUGGAGAGGGAAAUCUUCAGGCUCUUUUGCUGCGUUGACCAGCACUACAAAAACAAGUACCGCAGCUUGCUCUUCAACCUGAAGUCUACAGAAAACCAGGACUUCUUCCGCAUGGUGAUCCUUGGAGAGAUUACCCCCAGGAGGCUAGUUCAGAUGACUUCUUUGGAGAUGGCACCCAAGGAACUGAUAGAGUGGAGAGAGAGCGAAAACAAGCGCGUGCUGAGCAUGAUAGAGAAAGAGGAGAGAGAAGCACCAAAGUAUUGCCCCACAAAAUUCACCCACAAAGGCAUUGUAGAGAUACACAAAGAAGCAGAUGAGGACCUGAUAUUCCAGGAGAUAUUUGGAUUGGAAUCACUUGAGGAGGAGUAUUCUAAUGAUGAGGCUCUUGCAGCAUAUGUGAGGUACCCAGGAGAUAACCACAGGCUUCACAACAGGGACUCUAACUCUUCCAGUUGUGCUGGACAGGUGGCUGCUGGCAAUGCAAGAGGAAUUAAACCAUUGACAUCCAAGUGUUCUUCAAAAGAGAAAGCAAGCACCUCCAGACAUUUGCAUCCAGAUGCCUUGGACUCAGAUGGAGGAGAAAGACCUUUGCAGGAGAACAGAGCUGACUCGCCUAGCAUUCCCAAGAAACAGCAACGGGUAGAGAAGGAGCCCAGGACUGCAGCCAUCUGGAAAGGACUCAUUCAGAUGUUCAGUCUGAAGCAGUUUGCAGCGAAGGCGUUCCCUGUUUCCGGCUCCAACUACCACCUCUUUCAGACUUUGCCGUACCUACUUCAGUCCAAGGGCUGCAUCCUCCCAGAGGACGUCUGGGCCUAUUUAGACAACAUAUGGCCAGAAAGCAGCAAGGAGAUGGGUGUGAUACGAUUCCUCCCUAGCUUGGCUAAAGGCCUCAGCCCAUACAACAUGCUGUAUUCCUACCUGAAUGUUAAGCAAAGAUACGGCAUUGUGGACAUCAGUCAGAUGGAGAUGUUUAUGGUACCCCUAGCAGCUUUCCAACCGGUUCCUUCCAAACUCCACCCACUUGGUGGUCCAGGGCUUGACCCAUGCCACCCGUCCUUGUUGCUGGGACUCAUUCUGCCCAAGAGACCACCUCCCACGGGUGCUUUGACAACAAGGCCCAGCCCCUUACCGAAAGCCAAGAGGAAGAGGGUCACUUUCCAGGACAGCAGCCCUGAAACCAGCUGCUCUGCUCUUCCUUCACAGUUGCAGGCAGACACCGGCCAGGCACAGCCACGGAGGCCCCUGCCCGCAUGCGGACUUCUCUGUGGGAACGAGGGCCCCCAGGCAGGCCUUCGAAGCGAUGCACCGCUUGCACAUGAUGCUCUUCUCCCUCUCCCUGAAGAUACUGGCAGAGCGGGGUUUCAUGGGGACCCUUCAUCUUUACUCUGCACAGAGGCAGGAGGAGAAGCCUAUCAGGCCAUUUUAAGUGGCUUUCUCCAGUCACUAAGUGGCUCCCCUUGGACAGGGGAGCCGUUGGACAGUUUGGCUCUGGACGCCUUGGGAGCCCAGCCGCAGCAGGCUGGGGAUCAGGUGCAGUUCUGCGUCAAUCCUGACCCAGCCCCUGUCUGGAACCCUCUCGAGUGUCUUCCGCCUUCUCAUCCUGUGCACCCAGAUCCAGUCCUUUAUGGGACGGAUGGGGCAGCCAUUGCUCACACCUCGGUCCUGCCAAACCUGCUUUGUGCUGGAGCGGUGCCAGCCAGGGGAGUGCCUCAGGUUCCGCUGCCAGCCCAGAUUCCUUGCACCAGCCCUGUUGCUGGAGACACCAGCUCACUUAUGGAGGAAACCUGGUCCCUCCUGCAGCAGGUGACGCAGCUACAGUGCCAUCUCCAGAGCCAGGCGGCUCAGCCGCCAGCUGCCUUCGGCCUCCCUGUCCUGCCUCAGGAAGCCACUUCGGUCUGGUCCCAGGCUGCAGCGGGGCCAGAGUUCCCACCCACCCAGCACGAUGAGGGCAUGUAUGCCCAGCUCCAGCUGCUCUUUUCUACUUUUGGGGGUCAAGCACAGCCUCCUUCUUCCAGUUAAGAUCUCUGUGCUCUUAACACCGCAUGCACUUGGCAGUAAGUAAAGUGUACUUUGGGAGAGCCAAAGCAGGGGAAAAAAAAGAGAGAAUCUGCAGUAUUGUCUGAAAAGAGGUCACGGAAUUCUCAAGAGCUAUGAAUAAUGUUAAUAAUGUAUGUGCCCAGAAAGCAGGAUGGCCUGGGAAGGCAUUUAAUGUGUCGGCAGGAGCAGUCAGUAUAUAAGAGACCCAGAUAUCCCAACCGCUUCACCUGCCUCAUGGCUGUGGCCACUAAUGGAAAGAAAGGGGCAGGCCAUUUGACGAGCCAGUGGAGACAUUUCAUGGUCGUUCCGUAUCCCACCCACCCCCUGCAGAAGUAACUUUUACAAGUAAAUAACUUUGACAAAAUGGCUUUUGAGGAUUAAACUGUUCUCAUUUUAGAAAGGGAAUGAAAAAGACGAGAGAAGUGGGCUGAAGAGGAGGAACUCCUUGGUUAUUUCUCUCUGGGGAAAAAGCAUGAGAGAAAAGGGGACUUGAGAUUGGAAUUGUGUUUUUAGGUUUACAUCUAGCACCUCUUAUACUUGCUAAUCUCUCCCCUCCCCGCUGUCAGAUGUUAGCUCAAGAGUCAGGAUCAGUACAGAAUAUAUUUGUGCUCUAGUAAUAAAUCUUGAUCUAGGUUCAGCAUGUGCUCAUGUUGAAUUUGACAUCGCGCAAGCACAGGUAAUUUUGCACACCAGAAGGGUGAGAACCCUGGAGCAGCUCCUUCUAACAAGCCAGGGGGGUGCCAAAGGGGGCGGCUUGUUUGUUCCAAUGCCUGCAGGCUCUCCAUUCAUUAGGUAGAGCUGUGCAGCUCUACCUGACGAAUGGCCAGCCUGCAGGCGGCAUGGCUCUUGGGCGGGGUGGGAGAAAGAAGAGCAACCCAAACUGCCUCCUUUGGUGCACCUCUGGCUUGUUAGAAUGAGAACAGAUGGCCAUUUACCGAGCAGGUGUAUAACCUUUUGGCAAGACACUGAACUGUAUCAUUCUGCCAGGUAGGAAAGUGAUCCAGAGACUCUUACCUUGGUUCUACAUCAGAAAUCUGGAGAAGCAGAAAAGUCUUCUCACUUAGUAAGAGGAAAAGGUGUUGGCUGACCGCCUGCUGAUUACUUGCACACUGUGGCAAAUGGCCAGUAUGUUCCAAGAUUGUCUCUGCUGCCCCUGAAAGCCUGCUUAGGUCCAGACUAGCCAUGAUGAUGGUAGAUCUGCAAGCUCAGAUUUGCAUCAGUCCCAGAAGAUGUCAGGUCAGAGAUUUAAUUUAAAGACCAAAAAGGGGCAUGGGUGCAGGGGAAGGUCAUCGUAGGGUUGACCUAAGCCACCUAUGGGGAGGAUUUAGCACUGCCUGCCUCUUCUGCUCUUUAGAUUGGGCCCUCCGCCAUCAUUGUGUAUAGUUUGGCCCCAAAAUGGAUGCAGAAUUGUGGUUGGUGCCUGGCAAAUGACUCACUGGACCCCCACCAACACUUUUCCAGGCCAGACUGAAAAGGAACAUUCUCAGGUCCUUAAUAGCUUAUAUCUUCUUGAACGCAACAUGUUUUGAGGCUGGAGGUGUCUGUGAUUUUUAUUGUGUCAUUAUGGGCAAAAAAUCCAGUGGGGUGAAGAUGGAUGAGUCCUGGUGGAGGGUGGGUUGUGACUAGUGGUACUGUCUGAAUACAAGAUGCUGGCAUAGCAGAGUUUCCUUUUUUUAAUGUUAGGAAAUGGUUGGUUCAAAGCAAUAAAGCUUUUUUUUUUGGUAA